AUGAUGGUGCCUACUAUCUAUGGAAGCGAUUUGCAAGUUGCAAUAGUUUCAGUUCGCUCGAAGUUUGAUAAAACACAAGAUGUAAUAGUUCAAUUACAAUAUAGUAACACUGGCAAUGAAACAAUAUCGAUUUAUAAUUGGUAUUUACCAAGUAAUGAAUUAAACGAUCCAUUGUUCAAAGUAACGUGCAAUGAUGUUCUUGUUGAUUAUCGAGGUCCACUGAUGAAACGACGUCAAUCGACAGUUCAAGAUAUGACCCCUCUGGCACCUGGCCAAACAAAAGUUAUUCAAGCUCGAUUAUCAUCAGUAUAUGAUAUGACCAAGACUGGCACUUAUUCAAUUCAAUAUGAUAUGCCAACUGAACGUGUUGUCUUUAAACAUGCCCGAACAUUCGACAGUACUCUUGUCAGAGCGAUUACUAAGCGUCAAUCUGGUCUUCAGUCAAAUAAUAUUCAAUUGAUCAUCGAAGGUCGUCCAAAUAUCCAACAUGAGCAAAAUAACAUUAUGAAUGUGGUUAGAAGAUCAGCUACUCUUUCAUAUGUUUCUUGUUCGAUAACUCAGAAAUCUCAGAUAAUGAAUGCGAUCUCAUGGGCUCUUCGAUAUGCCAAUAAUU